AUGCCUCUUCCAGACACAAUGUAUUGUAGUCAACAAAUCAACAUCCCUCCUGAACUGCCAGACAUCCUCAAAAACUUCAGCAAGGCAGCCAUCCGCACACAGCCAAAGGAUUUGAUGCUGUGGUCUUCAGCAUACUUCAAUGCACUGUCAAAAGAUGAGUGUCUGCCUGUCAAGGACAGGCUGGAGAUGAAUGUUGCCACCCAGAAAACAGAUACUGGACUGACUCCAGGUCUACUGAAAACUCUGCAUAAACAGCUGUCUCACAAGAAAACGUGCAUCAAGGAGGAGCUGCGGAAGAAAUGGAAGGGACUGUGUCUUCCCAUGGACCAGUUUGAGACCUUACUGUUACUGGGGAGCUUUGCCUCAGACAUUGACUGGAUGGAGUUUUUUGCCCUGUGCUGCAAUUCUCUUGGAGGGACCCUCAUGAGUUCUCUAAAGUUUGCCUGUGAGAUCCUGACAGAGGAUGAGGAAGGUGGUGCUGCUAGAAUCCCUUUCACCACCUUCAUCAAACUCUACACCUACAUGGCACACUUGGAGGGAGACAUGCCACAGGACCACAUUAACAACUUCCUCAGCAGCCUGCAGGCUCAAGUCAACAAGCAGAACGGCAUGAUUCAGGUUUCCAACUUCUACAUCAGCAGGAAGUGAGGGAAGGAGACACGCAAAGCAGUGGAAGGCAGGAAGGAAGGAAAAGAAGUAAAAAAACAGCCGUGUUCAAUUUAUAAAUUGGCCC